ACGUUUUUCACUGAAGCCUCUCUUACUGUAGAUCGACUGUACAUUGGGGUGGAAACACGCUGACUGAUGGACAUUUGUCACUUUUUAACUAAAAUAACUUUCACUGCAGUCAGGACGGUGGAACUGAGAUAAUUGUUGCAACACCUGGAACAUCCGGACGGACAGAACCUGAACCUGCAGCACAGAGAACCAGAAUGAGAAGAACAACAGGAUCUUAAGCAUCGACUUGAUUUCAGCAGAGUGCCGAUGGACCUGAGGAACGCCCCCUCUUAGUGUCAGCAGCAUGGACGCGUUUGACAUCAGAGAAGAUGCCAACAAAGAAACAUCGUGCACCCAGCCCGGGUUCUCCCAGGCGGACCCGGCUCUGUUGUACCCCCCUCCUCUGUCCCCGGAUCCGGUCAGCCCGCUGACUCACCUGGGGACGCUGCUGGCGGGACACGACGCACCGAGGACCGGCGGAUGGGACAGGAGGCUGGAUCUCGGCUUCCCAGGCUGUCAGUUACUGGGAUCAGCAAGGGAUCCGGGUAGAGAAGCUCACGCAGACCAGAGCGUCACCAUCCUGCACGCCAAGGUUGCUCAAAAGUCCUACGGCAACGAGAAAAGGUUCUUCUGCCCUCCUCCGUGUGUUUACAUCAGUGGACAUGGAUGGAGAGUCAUGCAGGACCAUCUGAAAGCAGCUGGUUACGGAGACUCUGUGUACCGGCUGUAUGGUUACAUGUGUCUGGACAGCUCCAGUCAGUGUCAGGCCGACUCCUUCAAACUGGUGUUCGAUGAGCAACCCAACUCCAGGAUGUUUGCUUCUGCCAAGUCGCUGUUCAUCUCCGAUCAGGACAAGAGGAAACAUUUCUGCCUGCUGCUGCGACUCUUCCUGGGCAACAGACAGGAAGUGGGCUCGUUUCAGAGCCGGCUGAUCAAAGUCAUCUCCAAACCGUCGCAGAAGAGACAGUCCAUGAAGAACGCAGACCUGUGUAUCUCGUCCUGCUCCAGAGUAGCUUUGUUUAACCGGUUGCGCUCCCAGACGGUCAGCACUCGUUACCUCUCAGUGGACAGAGGAGCUUUCAUCGCCAGCGCCCGACAGUGGACGGCCUUCACCAUUACCCUGGUGGAGGAGCAGCGUGCAGACGAAGGGGACUUUGUUCUGAGCGAAGGCUUCAUCUGUUACGGCCGUGUGGUGCAGUUAGUGUGCACCGAGUCUGGAGUCGCACUGCCACCUCUGGUGAUCCGUAAGGUCAACAAGCAGCACGCCAUCUUAGAUGUGGACGAGCCGGUUUCUCAGCUCCACAAGUGUGCCUUCCAGUUCAGAGACAAUCCACUCGCCUUCCUGUGUCUAUCCAACGACUCCAUCAUACAGUACCAGGCGCCGUCCAGCAGCAGAGACCCCAGCAGGGUGGUGCUGAACGACGGGUCCUGCUGGACCAUCAUUGGGGUGGAAGCAGUGGAGUUCACCUUCAAUCAGGGUCCCGCCUGCAUCCAGACACCUGUCACUCCUUUUCCUGUCAUCACGGGGUUAGAGGUGAAUGGUGGAGGUCAUGUUGCCAUGUUGGAGAUCCACGGAGAAAACUUCAGCCCUCAUCUCAAAGUCUGGUUUGGAAACAGUGAAGCUGAGACCAUGUUCAAGUCUCCCAAGUCUCUGCUCUGCGUCGUCCCUGACAUCUCCGUCUUCAGUGACGGCUGGUGCUGUCUGCGGCGCGUCAUCACCGUCCCGCUGUCUCUGAUCCGACUGGACGGCCUAAUCUACCGCACCACCUUCAGCUUCACCUACACCCCCGAGCUCCAGCCGCCGCCCGCCGUCAGAGGAGCGGCAGGAGGCGGGAGGAGAGAGGGCGGGACGGAGGGAGGCGAGCAGGACGACGUCCUGCUAGAGACCAUCCAUCAGGAGUUCACCAGAGCAAACUUCCACCUCUUCAUGCAGAGUUAGAGCUCCUGCUGACGGAGGUGGAGCCUCUGGUCUCAUCAGGAGGACAUCACAGCAGGAACUCAUGUUCUGGUUUUGGAUCAGUGCUGGUCCACGUCAGUGAACUAAAAUACUCCCUCUUUGUCCUCUUUAGCUUCUUGUUUUCAAGUUAAUUGGACCAGAAUUUCACAUUUAUAUGAGAGAGAUUCAACAAGAUAAUUACGACAAUGUCAUGCAAAAAAAUACGUAUUUGUCCAACAUAGUGAAGAAGGCCAUAUAUAUCAAAAUAAAAGUGGCUGUGCACCACAAUAAAACACUAAGACAGCAGUAACUAUUUACUAAGUGAAGGAAUGGUGUCACUGAUCAGUUUCUCUGUUCAUUAUUGACAACAAACAACAAAUAAUUGUUGUGGUAGGCUGCUUGCCUGUCAGUGUCUCUGUCCCAUCCGUUGCUGGUUUUAGUGCUGUUACCUGCUCGCUGCCUCAGCCGCCGCCAUAAUGAGAGCCGUAUGCAGGCAGUCGACCAGCUCUGAAUUCUGUUCACAGCCGCUUUAACUCUAGUUCAUGACAGCUCCUCCAAAAAGUUUUUGUUUUAUUACAGAAUCUCAAAUUAAUAAGACAAAUAUAAGCAAAAUAUAAAGUGUAUGCCAAUGUUUUUUAUAUGUUUUGUGGUAUUUUUGAGUUUUCCACAACGUCACUCUGCAGACACUCAGUGUUCAUGUGGACAUGAAUCAUUGGAUUCAUUAUUAGAGGAUAUCAACACAAUUUGAAAGUGUGAAACAGAUUUAAAUAAAAGCCUCAAGAACUUGAGGAAAUCA